AUGGCUGGCGGGGCACAGCGCCUGGCCCCGAAGCGGCGCCUCGCCUUCGGAGUUUUCUUUUUCUUUUUCGCAAUUCGAGCGGGAGCUGCUGCUGCAGUGUCCCUGCACACCAAGGACCACCUGAAGUGGCCGUCUACUGCUGCAGCAGCUGCUGCUGCUGCUGCUGCUGCUGCUGCUGACCUUCCGGAGCUGCCGCCCUUUGGGUCUUCAAGUCUUUUCGAAGUCUUCCCCAAAAAUGCCGCAGCUGCAGCCCCGGGGGCCCCCCUUGGGGGCCCUCAGUGGGGCCCCCCUGCCUUCGCUGACUUCGAGGGGCCCCAGCAGCUGCUAGCCCCCAGCAGCAGCAGCAGCAGCAGCAGCAGCAGCAGCAGCAGCAAGGGGGGCUGGGGCCUCUCUGCGCUGCAGCUGGGGGGCGAAGAGGGCAGCCAGGAAGCUGAGGGCGAAGCAGAUUUGGCAAAGAGUGAAGAAGCAAAAAGUAAAGAGUCGGAAGCAGCAGCAGAAGAGGAGGCUGCGGAAGAAGGCAGCAGCAGCAGCAGCAGCAGCAGCAGCAGCAGCAGCAGCAGCGGCAGUCCGGAGGCAGCGGGCAGCAAAGAAGGUGCUGCGGAAGAAGGAAGCAAAACUGAAGAGAAAGCAGCAGAAGAAACUUCGGAACAAAAGGCAGCAGCAAAGUCGGAAGCUGCUGCUGCAGCAGAACCUGCUGCUGCUGCUUCUUCAGAAGCAGCAGCGUCUGCUGCAGCAGAACCUUCUGCUGCUGCUGCUUCUGAAGAAGCAGCAGCAGAAGAAGCUGAAAAAGAGGAAGCAGAAAAAGAAGAGGAGGCGGGAGAAGAGAAAGAAGAAAAAGCUGCUGAGGCAGCAGAGCCCUCAAGCGAGAAACCUGCUGCUGCUGCUGCUGCUGCUGCUGCUGCUGCUGCUGCUGCGCAGAAAGCUGAAGCUGCUGCGCCUGCUGGCGCUGCUGCAGCUGGCGGAAAAGCCCCUGCUGCUGAAGGCGAAGAGGAAGGCAGCAGCGCAGCAGCAGCAGCAAAUGAAAAAACUGAAGAAGAAGCAGCAGCAGAAGAAGAGGGGGCUGAGGAAGCUGAAGGAGAGGGUGCUGCUGCUGCUGCUGCUGCUGCUGCUGGGGGGGAGGAAAAGGCAGAAGCAGCAAAGCCCGCAGAAGCAGCAGCAGCAAAGGAAGAAAAGCCUGAAGAGGCAGAGGAAGAGGAAACCCCUGCUGCAGCAGCAAAACCCGCGGAAGCUCAAAAGGAGCAGCAGCAGCAGCAGCAGCAGCAGCCUAGCGGAGAAGCAGCCGCGCAGCAGCAGCAGCCCGAGCGGGAGCAGCAGCCUGCAGCAGCGCAGCAAACAACAACAACAACAGCAGCAACAACAACAACAGCAGCAGAAGCAGCAACAGAAACAACAGCAGCAGAAGCAGCAACAACAACAGCAGCAGCAGCAGUGGAGGCAGCAGCACCGCCAACAACAGCAGCAGAAACAGCAGCAACAACAGCAGCAGCAGCAAAAACGCCGACAACAGAAGCAGCAGCGCCGCCUGCAACGUCAGAAGCAGCAGCAGCAGCACCAACAACAGCAGCAGCAGCAGCACCAACAACAGCAGCAGCAGCAGCGCAGCAGCCAGAAGGAGCUUUUUUGCCAGCAGCAGAAGGCAAGCUAGCAGGCGCAGAGGGAGUAACAAAGAAAGAGGGGCCCGAAGCAGCAGCAGCAGCAGCAGCAGCAGCAGCAGCAGCAGCAGCAGACCUCAAGGGAAAGUGCUACUCUGAUUUGGCCCUGGAGGCCAUUGAGAAGGAGCAGCAGCUAAUUAAAAAAGCUGCUGAAAACGUGCACUUCCAAGAGGCGGAGCAGGCCUUCUGCGACGAAGUCUUUCGCCGCAUCGAAGGCCCCUAUUCUUUGGGCGAACUCUCCGCGCUGCUGCGCGCAGCAGAUGUGGCCAAUUCGCUGCACAGAAACUUCAGAUACUGCAGAGCCACUGCGAGCAGCAGCCCCCCGCGGGUCCGCGACGGGGACUCGAUUUUGCAUGCAGCAGUGGCAGCAAGAAAGCCCCAAGUGGCUGAAGUGCUGCUGCAGUACGGGGCCUUUCCCGAACUCCCCGCAAUCCCCCAAAGGCCCCCGCAGCCCCCGCGCAUGCAGCGGCCCCUCCACGGGCUCAACACCGCAGAGGUGGUGAACGGGAAGCCGCUGCAUGCAGCGGCGCUGCUGCAGACCCCCGACAGCGUAGCAGCAGCAGAACUGCUGCUGCAGUACGGAGCGCAUGCAGACAGCCGCGAGGGUUUGGGGCGGACUCCGCUGAUGGUUGCUGCGCUGCACCCCACAGCUCAUUCCCACGAGUUCGUCAAGAAGCUGCUGCUCUUCGGGGCCUCCGUCCAGGCCACCGACCACGCGGGGCUGGGCGCGCUGCACUACGCAGCAGCAGCGGACAACUGGGCAGUGGUGGGGAUCCUGCUGGACCACGGGGCGGACGCAGCAGCAGCAGACCUGCGGGGCAACACUGCGCUGCACUACGCAGCAGCCUUCAACGCAGCAGCAGCAGCAGCGCGGCUGCUGGAGAAAGCAGCAGCAGCUCUGAACGUGAACUGCCGCAACCGCCGCGGAGAAGCCCCGCUGCACCUUGCUGCUGCUCCCCGCGGCUUCCGCGCGGCCCCCAGGCCCCUCGCCCCCGCCCUCGCGCUGCAGCAGCUGCUGCAGCACCACGCCAACCCCCUCGCCCGCGACCGCCGCGGAAACACUCCGCUGCAUGCAGCAGCAAAGGGCGGCUACGUCGAGAUCCUCCGCCGCCUCCUCGCGGCCACCGGGGCCCCCGCGGAGGAGCCAAACGCCGACGGACUCACCCCGCUGGCCCUGGCCGAAAAGGCCGGCGAAGGGCCCGGACUUGAAGAAGUCAAACAGUUUCUGCGGGUCUACGGCGAGAAAAGAAGUGGGUUCUCAGCGCCAGCUGCUGCUGCUGCUGCUGCUGCUGCUGCAGCAGCAGCAGCAGCAGCAGCGCGGCCAGUGUGCGGGCUCGCUGCUGCAGUCGGAGCUCCGAUCCUCGCCUUUCGCGGCUUCCCAAGCUGCGUGGAGCCGCCCAUGGUGCGGCAUUCAACUCGCAUCUUCUCAGACACAGUUCUGGGCCCCUACAUGCGCGUGGGCGACUCGGUGACCUACAGCUGCAACCCCGGCUUCACCAUGCUGGGCCAUCCGAAAGUGACUUGUCAAGAACGCGACGGGAAAAUGGAAUUUGUGCCUUCGGCGCCGCUGUGCGUUCUGCACAGAGAGGUGUCGGGCGCUGCUGCUGCGUGGCGGCUGCCGCCAGCGGGCUUCUUGCUGGCGCUUUCUCUCUGUUUCGCCGCCUUCCUUUGA